AUGAGCAGGAAUCGGUAUAAACAAAAUACAUAUUAUAUUGAGCAGUGUCCUAUAACUAAGAAAAAAUCUCGUCGUAGGGAAUUACCAGUCAAUGGAGUUCGUUUACAGCUGGCAAAAGUGAUUAGAGAAAAUGGCGUAUCAGUCAUUGUUGGUGAAACUGGAAGUGGUAAAAGCACGCAGAUUCCUCAGAUUUGUUAUAAUGAGGGUUUGAUCGGAAGUGGUCUCUUGGCUGUUACACAGCCACGACGUGUUGCUGCAAUUACACUUGCGAGACAUGUCGCUUUGGAAAUGAAUGCAAAUCUUGGUGAAGUGGUUGCCUACAAGGUGAGGUUUGAAAACACCACAAGUAAUGAAACAAAGAUUGUUUACGGCACCGAUGGUAUCUUUUUACGUGAGACAUUUUAUGAUUCAUUACUUACACAUUAUUCCGUUGUAAUUGUCGAUGAAGCUCAUGAACGUUCCAUUCAUACAGAUAUUGUUAUCAUGUCGGCUACAUUGGAAACUAAUAUUUUUUCGGAAUAUUUUGACGAUGCACCAGUAUAUAUAGUGGAAGGAAGAACCUAUCCAGUCGAGAUUUUUUAUGCAAAUUCACUGGAUAAAAAAGAUGAUGAUUAUGUAUUCAAUGUUUUGACAGCGGUUUUGCAAAUUCACCGUACUGAACCGCUGAGCUCUGAUGUGUUAGCAUUUUUAACUGGACAGGAAGAAAUUGAAACAGCUUGCAAGAAAGUGCAGGAAGCUUCGAAACUUCUGACCGGUGGUUUGAUAGCCCUUCCACUGUAUGCCGGUCUUCCUCCAUCGGCACAGAUGCGGGUUUUUGAACCAGCUAGUGUACCAUAUACACGAAAAAUUAUUUUCGCAACGAAUAUAGCGGAAACAUCCAUUACUAUACCCGGUGUGCGGAUUAUUGUUGACAGUGGAAAAAUAAAAGUAAAAACCUUUCUUCCGGAUCGUCAUAUCGAUAUUCUUCGUGUGGAAAAUAUUUCACAGUGCUCAGCAACGCAGCGAGCUGGUCGUGCUGGACGUGAAGCACCCGGCAAAUGCUAUCGACUGUAUUCGGAAAAACAUUUCCAUUCACUAUCCAAAGUGACAAUUCCAGAAAUUUUACGAUCCAAUUUAGCAGUGGUACUGCUUGAAUUAUUGCGUAUUGGUUUACGACGAAUAAAAUCGCUGGCUUUGAUAUCAAAUCCAAGAAAGGAAGGACUGGAAGCUGCUGAAAAACAUCUUCGCUUACUGGAUGCGGUGAAGAGACCUGAUAAAAAAGGCAGAUUGCGACUUACUGAAAUGGGUACAAAGUUAUCAUCGUUUCCGGUUGAUCCAGCUUUUGCUCGUGCUCUGAUAGCAGCUUCGCAGAAUGAGUGUUUAGAAGAAGUUCUAACAAUCGUAGCAUUUAUGUCUACUGAUACCGUUUUCGUUAGUUCAACAAUGGGUCGUGAACAAACAAAUUUGUCAAAGCGUAAAUUCGAAGCACCCGAAGGUGACCACUGUACCCUACUAAAUGUUUAUCGAGGAUUUCGUUUAGCUCGAAAAGAGAAGAAGUUAGAGGAAUGGUGUGAAGCAAAUCAUGUUCACCAACGACUACUUAAUACUGUUUUCAAAAUUCGAAGACAGCUACGCGAUAUUUGCUCAAAAAAUUCACUGGUUUUUCGUUCGUGUGGUGCUGAUACAGACAAGCUCAGAAGGACGCUUUGUCAGGGCCUUUUCAUGAAUGCUUGUACUUAUGAUCGAUCACAGGACCGUUACAAUUUAUUAAUAUCACCUGGAACUUCACUUAAAAUCCAUCCUUCCUCUUGUUUGUCUCGUUCGCGACCGUCGGCUUUUAUUUUCACAGAUCUCGUUCGGACAAAUGAGUUAUACGCUCGUGAUAUCACAGUGAUUGAUCUCGAGUGGGCCAAAGAGCUGCUUGAUUCAAAGAAGGCGGUUCUCAACAUGUUUUGCAGUGAAAAUUGCGUCCGGUGA